UACCUACUCCCUCAUCAAAGUUAUAUCACUCCACAGAUUUAUCAUCAUUCAUCUCUCCGUGUUUUGGACCCAAAGCCAAGGUCUCUCAUUUGAAAACUCCACAAGCUCAAAUCAAGCGUGUUUUUAUCAAUUGACAAAAUUACUAAGUACCCUUUUUCUUUUCUCAUCUCUCUCUCUCUCCUUUCUCUCUCCUUUCAUUUUCGAUCUCAAUUUUGCAAUCUUCACAAUCCAGGUAAAUCUUCCAGGCAUUGAAAUGCUCCAAUUGAGUGCUGAAGCAUAUCUUCUUUGAAUUGUGCCUUCCCUGCUGAAAAUGUCAUAUGUAGAAAUUCUGAAGGCUGUUUUCCCUUUACUGGAGGGUGCAGAUCUGGCUUCAUGCGUGGCAGUGUGUAAACAGUGGAGAGAUAUAGCGCAAGAUGAUUACUUAUGGAAAUGUCUUUGUGCCAAGAGAUGGCCUUCCAUUUGCAAGAGGCCAAACCCUCCAACUGUCACAUACUACAAGCUAUAUCAGACCUUUUAUAAGCACCAGCGUCAACAAACCCUGCUUCCUCCAAGACUUUCCUUUGACAAUUUGGAAUUCUUCAUCGACAUCUGGACCAGAGAUAAAUUGAUCUUCUCUGAGGUGGUCUCAGGCCCUGUUUUGCAAACUGGAAUCAAAUGCCCACCUCCUAGAAUUUGUGAUAGGCUUGGAUUUCAUCUUGAAGGCCCCGAUUAUAAGAUGAUUUUACCUGUUGAACCAAGGUUCAAAGCCCCCUUAGGCGAGACUGUAAGCGUUUCAGUGCUUGUGGGGCGGAAGGAUAAUAAUAAGGUUGCUUGCAUAAUCAAUAAAUCUGUCUUUGAUUAUAUCGAUCGGACAGCCUAUAGGGCCAUGGCGUUUGAUUAUCUUGGUUUCUCACCAGCACAUCCUUUUGUACCAGGAAUCCGGGCUUGGAUUUCUUUGCUAUUCGUGGAUGAUAAAAAUGACAGUGUUCUUGAUGUCUUUGGGAUUGAAAUAGAUUUUUGUGAUGCUGCAAAAUCCAGGGAUGAGGUUUUGUGGCUGCUUGACAUACUUGACUGGAAGUGAAAUCCAUCAGCUGAGCAAAGAGAAGAACUGAUGAGCUCAUCGAGAAUGUUUGAUAUCCAAGUUCCUAUAGUAGUAGUACGGUCAGAUUUAUAGCAUUUCAUUUAAUGUUUAAAUUUGUACAUACUUUACUUUGGUUGUCUGACUUGUUUCAAUAAAUAUGAAAUCUUUGUGAUGAAUUUCUAAA